ACUGGGGGUAAUUGGGGCCCAGGUACACUGCCAUCUUAGUGGUCCAAAUCAGCAUGGAUUAAUUGAGUUUUAGGGGGAAAUGCAUUUGGUUUUAGGGGGAAAAUAUUUGGCAUCAACCGCCCUUUAGUGUUUUCAAGCGGGAACAUUACCUCCCCUUUCCUCCCCAAAACAAAUCCCGCCCAAGCAGCAAAAUAAUUAAAAAAAAAAAGAAAUAAAAAUUCAAUCUUCAACUUUUAAAAAAAAAGCUCAUUCAACCUUCAACGGUAAUAUUUUCUGGAAAACGGUUCAGCAAAGAAAAUAAAGGCAAAGCUGAAGGGGUUGUAUCAUCUCCCAUUUUAUCGAGUUUACCACAAACAAAAACGCACAGGAAAGUUUUUAGCAAAACGUUUAGAGCUGCUACAACAUUAUUAAGCUUCGAAAUUCAGCUUCGAAAUCUCGCUUCGAAAUUAAUGUAAGUUUUUCGUUAAAUUGUUUUUGUCAAAUGUAGUUAAUUAAUUCCUGAAAAUAACAAUGCUAUAUGAAUGUUUUAUUUUUGGGUAGUUAAAUUUGUUUGAAUUAAUGAAAAAUUGGAGUUUCAUGAUAUUGAUGAAUCUUGAUUGUUUGGCAGAUAUUGAUGAGUUAAUGAAAAAUUGUAGUUUCAUGUUAAUUUGAUAAAUUCGUUUUUGGUGAGAAAGUAGAUCUGCACGACGGAGAAAACAAGGUGUUUUUUUUGUUUAUUUCAUACAUUCUAUAAUUACGUAGUAUUAAGAAUGUUAUUAAGUUGUAUGUUAUCCUAUAUGGUUAAACACUAAACUAAGUGGUUAUUCUAAAAUCGUUGUAUAUAAUUUGUUUGUUUGUUGUAUUUUAUAAAACCCUAAACGUUUGGCAGCAUUUUAUAAAACCCUAAACGUUUUUCGUAUUUUGUACAACAGUGAUAUACGUGGGAGUUCUGUAUGGCUUGGGUAGACCUAAACGAAAGUGUCCCUGAUCUGAAUGAAAAUGUUCCUGAAAGCUCACAAUAUAGAUUAAUAACUGAUGGACAAGAAGUUAUCGUUAACCCCCCUAGUGUAGGGAUGUGUUUUACAACGGGCCAUGAGUUUUUCGAAUUUUGUCAGUUGUAUGCCUUCAAAGAAGGAUUUGAGAUGUUUAUCAAAAGUAAUAAGCUGAAAAAAGAGUACAAAGAAAAGGGAGUAUCUAAGUCUGGUGUGGGAAAGUAUGAGGCAAAGCCGCAUAUGAUGGAACUUAUUAGAUUAAAAUGCAAGAAGGGAGGGGUGAAAAAAGGUGUUGGGUCUAAUGUGACCGGUUGUAAGAUGAAUAUUUACGGUGUAAGUAGAGAUGGGCUAUUUACUAUAUUGACUUGUGACUUGCAACACAAUCAUCCUUUAAAUCCUGACUGUAGUAGACUGAUGGUUAAUUAUAGAUGUAUAGACGGUACUACAUUUAAGAGGGCGAUGAUCAAUGACAUGGGUGGUGUUAGCAUAAGUAAGAACUUUGGUACGCAUCUAAUUGAAAAGGGAGGUUAUGAAAAUAUUACAUUUAAUAAUAGAGACUUGAGGAACGCAAUCAACGUCGAACGUCGUUCAUCAAGAUUUAGUGCUGCAGAUGCCGCAGGACUCGAUGCUUACUUUAAGGCACAACGUGAUUUGCAUCCCGAGUUUUAUAGCUCAAUACAAGUAGAUGAUGAUGGUGUUUUUACGAAUGCAUUUUGGUCGGAUGCACGUAGUAGGGGUACAUGCAAAUAUUUUGGGGAUGUUAUUACUUUUGAUACUACUUUCGCUUGCAACCGGUAUCGGAUUCCAUUUGCUCCAUUCAUUGGUGUAAACCAUCAUGGCAAAUCAAUUAUAUUUGCUGCGGCCUUAAUUUCCCAUGAAAAUACUCCCUCAUUUGUUUGGGUAUUUGAAGAAUUCCUGAAGUGUAUGGGGAAGGCACCACUAGGCAUCUUAACCGACCAAGACAAAGCAAUUUGUAGAGCAAUUGAGCUAGUCUUCCCGGGCGUCCGUCACAGACUAUGUUUGUGGCACAUGCUCCAGAAUGCUAGUAAGAACCUAGGUAGUCUCAGUGAUUGGAAGAAAAUAGACACCCUGAUCAGAACUGCAAUACAUGAUCUGAUUGAUCCAGAUGAGUUCGAUGAAGCUUGGUGUCAUGUGAUGGAUGAGUACGGUUUAAGGGGUCCUGGGUGGAUGAAGGACGCGUAUGAUAACAGGCGUCAGUGGGCUCCGGCAUAUAAUAGAGGAAAGUUUUGGGCAGGUAUGUCUUCUACACAAAGGAGUGAGGGUAUGAAUAGAUUUUUUAAAACUCACGUGAACUUAGAUUGUGGUUUAGUUUUGUUCAUUCAUAAUUAUGAAUAUUGUAUGAGGAUAAAAGCUGAGGAAGAGAAACAGGAUAAUUUUGAUAACAUUGAUAAGCCUGCUAAGAUUGAUGUUGAUAAGAGUGUUUUAGUUGAGUAUGUAUUGGUUAAGACGUACACUAGUGAGAAGUUUGCUGAGGUUGUUAAAGAGCGUAGAGGAUUGACACACACAAAUGUCACGAAAACCUCAUGUCAUGGAUCAGUGGUGCUGUAUAGAGCUGAUGAAAAACUAACCUCGCCGUUUUGGCGGAAAAGGUUUAAAAGUUAUGAUGUUAGGGUGGAUAAGGAAAAUGGUGAUUUACAUUGCUCUUGUAACUUGUUUGAAUUUACGGGAAUACUUUGUAGACAUAUAAUGCGUGCAAUGGAUGUAGAGGAUUUUCAAUUUGUUCCAGAAAAGUACAUACUACAACGGUGGAUGAAGUGUGUUAGGUCGUACGAGAGCAUUCGAGUAUCUUACUUCGACCCUCUUGAAUCUAUCAGAUUGGGCAAAGCCAAAGAGCUUUCACAACGGCAUAAUUACUUGUCUGAAUUAGCUAUGCGUAAUGAUGAUGCACUUCGGUUGUACAAGGAGGCUAUGGAUGUUGUGCGGCUAAAAAUGGAGGAUGUAGUCGGAAUACGAAAGACUGGGGAAAAAGGGGACGACCUUAUAUGUUGGUGGGACCCAGAUGCGAGAAAUGUAUUUGGUCGUCGAAGGCUACGUCCACGAGAAUUUGGUGAGAGAGCCAGAUUAAGGGAUGUAGAACCGGUCGUGGACGAGAACAGGAUCAAAACACCGGUUGACAAACGGCAUACUGGUAGGGCAAAGACAAAAAGGAAUGCUCCUUUUGGUGGAAAGGCCGGUGGGAAUUCUAAGAACAAAAAAGUGGUUACUGAAGAGGAAGUUAUUGCUAAUGAGGAACUUAUUUGCAACGCAUUUGGAAAUCUUCCAAGUUACCGUGCUAGGCAACAACACGCGAAUCACGUUGGGGGUACAUAUGCGGAGAACGUCCCACAAAGUUCUAAUGUACAUCCUUCUCAAAGUUCUCAAGCACACCCGUCCCAAUUACAUUUGUCUCAGGAUUGUUCACAGUCAUUUGAAUUUGAUAUUAACGAUUGGCGCACCAGAUUGUGAAUGUUUUGUGUAAAUGUAAUUUAAUUUGAUUUCUUCAAAGAUAUAUUUUCGUUUAAACGGUAUUUUAAGAAUUGAAUUUUUUAAUCCAAUCCUCCCUUUUUGCUAUGUACUUUACGUUAUGUCUAUAUAUGUAAUUGAUGUAACCUCAAUUACUUUAUCAGUGUAAAAAAAAAAAAAUACAAAAUGAGUUGUAUUAGGCGUCGAACCCACAACCAACGGGUAGACAAUAUGCUCAAUGAGGAGGAAA